AUGGAGCCGAUAACAAAGUGGACUCCGACGCAAGUUGUAGACUGGAUGAAAGGUUUGGACGACAGCUUACAGCAGUAUGUGGGCAACUUUGAGCGGGAGAAGAUCAGUGGGGAACAGUUACUGAAAAUCACGCAUCAAGACUUGGAAGAGCUUGGUGUUGCCAGGAUUGGACACCAGGAGUUGGUGCUAGAGGCUGUUGAUCUACUGUGUGCUCUGAACUACGGUGUGGAGACAGACAACUUAAAGAACCUGGUGGUGAGGAUGAGAGCAGCCACCAACAAUCUCCACAUGGCCACAUCUGAACGCAGAAAGAGCCCGGUGUAUGAUGGCAGCAGUUCCCGCAAGCCACCCAACGACUUUCUUACAUGUGUGGUGGAACUCAUUGGUGCUGCAAAGAGCUUCCUGGCUUGGCUUGACAGAACUCCACUCUCAGGGAUCAGUGACUUUACAGCCACCAAAAACAAGAUCAUUCAGCUGUGCCUGGAGCUCACCACCACAGUUCAACAGGACUGCUGUGUUUAUGAGAUGGAAGAAAAGAUCCUAGAAGUUUCCAAGAUUUUGAACAACAUAUGUGAUCAGACUGUAAGAACCACCUCUGACCCCCUAAUGAGCCAGUCUGCCUGCUUGGAGGAAGUUCAGAUGACCAAUAUCAAACCGGGUGAAGGACUGGGAAUGUAUAUUAAGUCAACAUAUGAUGGGUUACAUGUCAUUACUGGAACCACAGAACAUUCUCCUGCCGACCUGACCAGAAAGAUCCACGCUGGUGAUGAAGUGAUUCAGGUCAAUCAACAAACAGUGGUGGGUUGGCAGUUGAAAAACCUGGUGUUCAAACUAAGGGAGGAUCCCAAAGGUGUGUUCCUCCUCUUAAAGAAGCGUCCCACAGGAACAACGGGUUUUACCCCCGCCCCUCUCAAGAACAUGCGGUGGAAGCCUCCUGUACCUCAGAACAAUUCCUCUUUGAUCCGAGCCCAGUCCCCGUGCAACUCGGCUAAUGGAUCUACCAAAAAGGAGAAACCAGCAAUCCUUGAUUUUUACAUUCCACCACCACCUCAAAUGCCAUACACUCCAAGAGAAGGAAGAACAGACACCUUCUCAAGUUUUAGUAAAAGGUCAAAAGGCUCUGAGUCACCCAACUCCUUCCUGGACCAAGAGAGCAGGAAACGCUGCACCAUUGCGGAUUAUGAUAAACUAAGCGUCGGCUGUCCAAUCGAAGCCAAUGUAAUUCAGCCCAGAAUGAGGGAGCACAAGCCUUCUCGUGGUAAGCCCCGGCCACUCUCCAUGCCUGUGGAUACUUGUGUUGCAAUUGUAGAUCCCUUUGCUAAGCCAUGGACGCAGAACAGGAAAGGCGAGGACCUCCUGUUCAGAUACCUGAGCAACGAGAGGAUCCCCACCAUCGCCGAGGAAGUGCCGUCGGCAUCUCCGCCCACCUACAUGUCUACCGGGGAGCAUCGGCUUGUCAGAGUGGACCGUGUCCGAGGUAGCCGCUACUACUCCAACUCAGAUCUCCACAACAGUGCCACCAUCCCCUACCAGGAGGAUGUGAAGAAAGGCCCUGUAGCUGCAGUCUCCAAGCGCACAACGGCCGAACGUUCGCUACUGGUCAGUUGGAUCACAAGACUUAAACUGUUGACUCACUGA